AUGCCUCGUCGACUAACACCCCGAUCCGCUAAACAACGGGAACGACAGUUCUGGAAUUGGACCCGACUCGGAUGGACAGCACGUCAGAGAGAGGAAUUUUUCGAGUUGUUGAUAGAAAGGCUAUAUGCUUCGGGUAUCCUCGUACUGGACUUGCGAAAACUCCAAAAUCGACUCAGCGUGGAAUUGUUUCUCCGAAGACAACUCGACAGUAUAGGAACAGAGCUCGAUGGAGAGCCAGACGGCUGGGAUGACCUAUAUGAGGCCAAAGGCAAGGAAUUACUGAGACGUGUUCGAGUAGCACUCGUCGCUCGAAAAAGGGAAUACUUGGCCCAGAUGAAAGCACAGGGGAAUCCGGUGAGGCCUGACAGGCCAGAAGAGGUUAUACAUAGAGAGUUCAACCAGGCUUAUGAGACGGAUAGCGACGGCACUAGCUCACCGGGGAGCAAUUUGAGUCAUAGAAAAGGUGACCCUCAUGACCGUCGGAAUGGAAGGUGGAUUUACCUGCAAAAUGACUUUCCUACCGAUAGCGAGUUGGAAAGGCAACCUCAGUCUUAUCUCGGGGCCUCGCUCCAGAAUGCCCAGGUUGCCGAUACGCAAGAAUCUAAUUCCCAAGGAGAAGAAGACAAUCAAGAAGUGGCUUCUUCAUCUAGCCGCGGGGUUUGGAGCGAUAACCAAGGAGGGAUUGACACUCCGGUAGAACGAGAUUCCCCACCACUGUUUUCCCCUGAGCCUGCCCAGCAUUACACUGAACACGACGAGAUCCCGGAAACACAAGGGUCUGGGCCUCCGGCAGAGGAAGUUGACUCCUCCGAGUCUCCUUCAUCUGUUUCUCAUCAUAACGACAUCCCCGAUACCCAAGUGUCAAGCUCUCCUGCAGAUCAAUAUAAUGUAGAAGAUGACUCCACCGAGUCUCCUUCUUCUGUUUCUGGCCCCGACGAGAUUCCGGAUAGCCAAGGGCCAGGCUUUCCCGCAGAAGAAGAUCAGGCAGAAGAGCACCCACCCGAGUCUCCUUCGUCUGUUUCUGACCACGACGAAAUUCCGGAUAGCCAAGAGCCAGGUCCGCUGGAAGAAGAAGAUAGUUUGCAACUGGUUGCCGCGCCGGAGUUUGGGCCGGCAGAUUAG